CGUCCUUGUUCAUACACAUUCUCAAUAAUGCAGUAAAUAUGUUUGUGUGUGUAGUAUUGACAGUCCUGGUGCUUGGCCUGCCCGGGGGUCAAGGAAUUUGCCCGAGUAAGAACGGGACCACGGUAGACUGGUGGAUAAUUUACCAACAGCGAUCAAUGCCGUUUUUUCAUUUCUAUGUAGAUAGUACAAGUAAUUCGGAUGUUUCAUUUCAUAGACCAGAAAAUCCGGACAGCGCCUUGGCCAGAGCCUUAGAUCUGAUUAUUAACGACGUCUUUCCUCAAUAUUUUACUUAUUCCUACGAUCUGAUUAACAUCAUGAGAGUAGCGGAGACACUCAGAUUUCCAACAUACGGCAAAUGGAUGCAGGGUAUUUUAGCAAGUGACAAAAGCACUGAAAAGGGAUUCUGGAUUCUGCAUAACAAUUUUCUUUUUCCGGCGUUUAGUAAUCGCCAGUUACAGCCUCCGACCUCAUAUUCCUGGAAAAGUUCAACCAUUGGAGACAGUAGUGAAGAUCUGUUUUAUGUGUGUAUGUCACUAGAAAAUCGAGAAAGUUUACUAGACGCAGUUAAAAGCAUCUUAGCUGGGAAUCCUUUUAUUUACCACAAAAAGCUGACUGAUAUGAAACUUGAAGAUUACUUCACGGAAAUCAAGGAGAGGAACCAUCCAUUUUCAUUAUUGGCUUCUGCUAAUACGUACUUGGAAUGUUUGACAGCAACAAAAGAAUCAAAGCGCCAUCGAUGUAUGUAUCAGUUUGCAACGAAAAACGUACAAGCUAUUCAAGUUUACACAAGACCACGGGGCAUUUUACAGGGUGGGAGCCGUUUCUGUUACAACCAGCAAUCAAAUGCUUUGUUCGAGUUUACUAGUGUUGCCAAUUCUGACCCAACUAACAUUAUUUCCGCCAAUAACAUGUUUGUGAUUUCCGACAAAGUGACGUCAGAACAAUAUGGCGUUGUUUGCUUUGGUCAAGAUGUUGCCGCCAGCUCUGAUACGGUGUCAGUAAUGAUUUGUGGUAAACUACCGGGAUUAUGGCGAACUUUGGUUCAGUCGUCUAUGUUGACGAAUUGGGGAUGUCCAAAUCAUGGUUUGGGAAAGACGGAGAAAACAAAGCAAACCAAACAUCUGCAGAAACCAACGCAUCACGGAAUUCCUUCUCCUCUUACUCAAUCGGUGAGUGCUCAAGUCAAAGUUCCAGAAGUGCGACGGCUAAAACGUGACGUAACGUCUGAUUCUGAAAGAACCAAUGAAAAACGUCGAUCGCGUUCCAAAAGAGAGGAAAAACCGAAAAAACACAAGAGAUCAAAAAGAGAUACGUCUCGUGAAUCAGAAGAAAAUAAGAAGAAAGAAUCAUUCGAACAUCCAAAGAAAAAGAAAGUUGAUUUCAAAAAGUCGGAAGUUGGUCAUGAAAAGUUUUUGAAAUUUGAAGAAAAAGAAGACGCUGGAGAGGAUAAAUCAUACGCAAAGUUAGAGCGGUACAUGGAAAUAAAAAUGCCUGUUGAAAAACCAUCUCAGGAAAAAGAACCCCCCAAAACAGUGGUCAAGAUCACAACAUUAGACGAACUUCAAAAUUCAGUAGUAGAAAACAAGAAUCAACUAAUUGCUAUUUUCUGCAGGAAAGGUUGUAGAUUUUGUGCGGCAACAGAACCAAAAUUUCAAAUGUUGAUUGAUCAUUUCCAAAAAGAAGAUGUGGACUUCUACCAUGUUGAUGUCAGCGAGAUAGAAAUGCCCUAUCAGUUAGAGGUAGAGUGGACCCCUUAUGUAAGAUUUAAACCUAGAGGGGUUACUCAGCUGUUCCCCUACCACUGGGUAGACUUCGAUGGAGAAGAGUAUGAUUUUCGAAGCAUGUACCAAUUCCUGGACAAACAUGUGGAAAAGAUAGAGGGAAGUGAGAAAAUGCCUAGAACUUCUAGAGAUUUGCAAUUUUAAAAGUGACACUACAAAAUACAAGAAACAUACAUGUAUUUAUCAUUUUGAUAUUUGAUACCAUUUUUAUUUUUAAAAAAUUGCAAAGCAUUUUUUUUUUUACCAAGAAUAUAUUUGUAUUCUAUC